AUGGAACUCCUUGGAAAAAGGGACAACAUACGAGCAACGGCAUCGACAUAUCUGUCAUUCAACCGACCUCUUCCACCGUCAGAAGAAUACUUCCUACACAGGAGCACUAGCACCAUACUGGACAGGUGUUACCUCUUCACCAGCUCUGCAUGUCCUAAUGAUACAGAAUACUGGGAAAUAGAUGACACUAUUGCUGAUGACAAAAAGGAAUAUGUUUUAACUGAAACUGAAGGCACGGCUGUGUUGAAACGUUUUAAUGCCACAAGCGACCUUCAGCCGACUUUCACUAACGCAGCCAAGCCCGUCUGCUCCUCUACACCGUUAUGUAUCAGCUCGGAAUCUGUUUCCAUCUUGCCGAAUAAUAAUGAAAACAUCAGCGGAUACUAUAGAUCUUUGGAUAAACAUGUCUCAAUUCCGAAAUUCCCACCACCUCCACCGCCUGUCGAAGAGUUCAAAGAAGACACAAUGGUUAUGAUUGAUAGCGAUGACUUCGCUUUAUGGGAGAUCGAGAACUGUCGUACUUGCGUGGAUUCGAUGAGCCCAGAUUUAUCGCUUUGUGAAGAGUCCAUUAUACUGACCGAUAAUGAGGUCGAUCUGAACGAGACGUUCAUCGAAGAAAUGACAUUUUACGUCGACCGACCACCAUCAGAAAUGAGCGUCUUACGUGUCUACAGCAAAACCAAUCCAUCAAAGUUCGAGGAAAUCUUUUUCUUGUCAGAAAGUAUUGAAGUAUGA